UUGGACCAAGAUCAAGAGGGAGUGUGUUUGUGUGUGUGUGUGUGUGCAUGGCAAAAAUGAGGGUCUAGAGAGGGAGGGUAUACAGAACCUGGAUCUCAGCCAGUAUCCUUAGACACAUGACAGAAGAGAACAUAAACUCAAAAGUGUUUGGUCACUGACGUUUGUGAAUGUUCCGGCAUUUUCACCGUCUUUCUUUCUAGAGUUAUGGAAGGGCAGAGUGGUGGCAGGGCUGGGGAGGAGGCAGAGUGCAUAGGGAAGAGUCAGGGCUUGACCUUCUGGCUGGCCAGGCCGGAGGAUUACCAGGAGGUCAUGUCCAUUUCUGAUGACAUCUACUGGGGGAACGACUACCUGCCCUAUCGCUACCACAUCUGGAUGACUCAGCCCCAUCGACUUGUCAUACUGGCACGCAAGAACAGAAAACUGGUGGGUCUGGAAUCGGGCCUGGUGGUGGACGGAGCGGAGACGGUCGUGGUGGAGGGCUUGAGAGUGAGUCCUGAGGAGAGGGGCCGAGGCAUGGCGGGGAUCCUCCAGUGUUUCGUCGACGACUUCUUCAAGAGACGCUAUCCCACGCUGCAGCGGGCCAGGCUGACCCGCGACGACGACCCCGGCCCACAGCGGAGCCUCACCUGGCUGGACAAACGGUCUGUCCUCUCCCUCUGCUGUGAGGCUGGCCAGUACCACGACUUCCUGUUUCAUCUGAGGACCAGGCUGGUAGAGGAGGAGGGGAGGAAGAACCCUGGUGUGGAGGAGGAGGAGGAGGAGGAGGAGGAGGGGGAGAAGAGUCCUGCGCCUGAGCUGCUCUUCCUUGAAGGUAGAGAUCUGAGGUCGGUCCUCCUCCUGCCCUCCCUCCCCUCCAGGGUCUCCCUCCCUGCCGGAUCCAUCAUACGUGACUGGCUGCCGGUUCGACCAAUCCACAGCAACCUCCCCCUGCUAGACAGGCCGGAGCACAUCUGGUUGGUGGAUCAACCUCAGAGUCCCUCCUUCCUCAGCCUCCACACGCGGCCCUACCCAAUCCCGCUUGGGGGCGGGGCGGAGUGCCUGAGUGUGGACCUGUUUGGGACCAGUGUGGCUUUAGCUCGGCAGGCCUUAACCCAGCACCUGGAGAGGGCGAGCUCGGACGUGUUCAGGGCGGUGCUGGUGCACGUGUUCAUGCACAGCUCUCUGCUGGAGCGCCUGGCCCAGUUCUGUGAGGGCGGAGCGGCCAGGAGGUGUGAGGUGCAGUGGGAUCAGGUGCUGAUGGAGAGGGAGAUCUUGGACAGAGAGUAAAAAAGAGAGAGAGCGUGUGAGUGUGUGUGUAAGAGUGACUGAGCGAGCGAGUGAGUGAGUGAGUGUGUGUGUGUGAGAGAGAGAGAGAGAGAGAGAGAGAGAGAGAGAGAGAGAGAGAGAGAGAGAGAGAGAGAGAGAGAGAGAGAGAGAGAGAGAGAGAGAGAGAGAGAGAGAGAGAGAGAGAGAGAGAACUUUAAAUAAGACUCGGUGAGUAAGGGAUCAAAUGCCAAAAAAGUGAGUGAAGAGAGGGAGAGAGUCAAAGAAGGAGUCAAAUGGAAGGAGAAAAAGGCCCCGGUGUGAGGAAAGGAUGCAGGAAAGAGAAGGUGCAGUGAAGGAGGUAGAGGAGGCGAAGACAGAACAAAGAGGCAUGGAAUUACAGUGAAACAAGGGCACGCACACACCAGCACACACACACACAUACACGCACACACUUAGUAACACACACACAGGCACAUAUUCAAACACGCAUGCACACACAUAGUAGCACACACGCGGGCACACACACAGACCUGCGCACGCACGCACGCACACACACACACACACACGGACAUUAUACACAUCCACAGAAGCACACACAUCUUUAAAUGCACGGUGCACACUAUAAUCAGUCCUUAUCAGUCCAUUCACCAGUGCUCUCAACCCCUUGCUCACUCCAAACCAUGGCUGUGUGUGUGUGUGUGUGUGUCAAUCAGCUUUCCUUUGUCUGAACGGGAUGGAGCAGCCAGAGGGGAUGAGUGGGAUGGAUGUAGAGGGAUGGAGGGAGGGAGAUAAAAAAUAAAAAUAAAACAGGGCAAAAAAAGAGGGAAGGGGUGAGCGAAAGGCUACAGAAAAUGCAAAAUCUUCACGUGUGAGGUGUUCUAUUGGGUUUUUCUUGGGUGUCUGUGUAGAUACGAACACAUCGUUUCGGUGUUUAUUUGAUUUUGCAGUGUGUGUGUGUGUGUGUCGGUGUGUGUGUGUCUGUCUCAGCUUCAGACUCCUGCCGGUGCACCACUACACUCAUGCAGCGAUGAUGUGAACGUUUGACGUACCAUUCUUCUGGGCGUGCUUGGAUUAGUCAGUAGUGAAGACGCUCCACUGUCCUGAGUGAAGCGCUUCCUUUCCGCUGUUUCCAAUACUGUCAUUUUUUGUGUGUCAGUGAAGAAUAAAGACGUGAAAACAA